AUGAUUGAUCUCUCAACCUUAUCACUGAAGCAUCUUGGCAUAGUCUACAAUCGCCUAUCAUCCCUUGAAGGAGUCGUCUAUCCCAAAUACAAGAGUGAGAGAAGUCGAACACCCAACCUCCCUCCCUUUCCUUGCAAUGCUGCAAGAGCUAUCCAAAAGAAAGGCUUCACUCGCCUUGUUCAUGAAGAGAAAGAAGAAGAAGAAAAACAAGAAUAUGAGGAAGACUAUGAAGAUGAGGAAGCAGAAAAACAGAGUAUUGACAUCAAUACUUCUCCCAAGCACAGCAAGACAAUGCCUAUCUCAGUUGACCCUUGA